AUGGUUCUGGAAGACGUGGUCGAUCCAUUGGACGACUACAUGGCAUCGUUGGAGGUUCCACCAGGUGGUCAACGGAUUGCUGGAGCCCAAGAGACACUCGAGUGCACGAGUCGUCAAUCGACUGGUCGUGCUACUCGUUGCAGUCUCAGUGUCGCCGCGAGAAACAGACGCUAUCGACGGCUGCAGCAGCUGCUGGAAGACACGUCUGAAGACCGCUACUUUUCGGACGACAUGAUGCAGCAGCGCAGUCCUGCGCUGUUCCACUUUUAUUUGGGACAAUACGCAGGACUCGACGGAAGCACGAAGCCGGUAGUGGCCACGGCGGAAUUGACGUUGUCCACUUUCUUGAUCGACACGCACCAACGCAGCGAAAUGGAAGCUCGACGGGUGGCCGAGCAAGCGACUUGGGGACAGUUUCGUGCUCUGGACGAGAAGCUCGAGCAGCAUCGACUGCAGGAAUUGUACGAAGUCGAACAGGUCGAAGAAGAGGAAGAGGACGAGGAGCAGAACGAGGAGCAAGAUAAGGAAUACGAGGACGUUGUGGCAGUGGAUGCGGUCGACGAACGACGCGAGCAACUCGUCGAGGUCAUGUGCAUCAGGUUCCUCACUGGUAAAGACGAAGAGUACGUGAAUUACGCCGAGAUUGAUGAGGAUGAAGGCCUCGACGACUUUGUUGCACUGCAACGCGAUGCAGAAGACCGCUACUUUGCAGACGGAAGCGAUGCCUCUUGA